CUUUUUUUGCAAGCAAAGUGGAGCAUGAAAGCAAAUACUGCAACGGUGAGGGGUUCCAGCGGCCGGGAUCCUCUGCCUUCAAUCGCAUCUACACUGCCAACCAGAACUGCGGACACGCGUACCCCACGUUCCUUGCUGUGCUCUGGUGCGCUGGCCUUCUCUGCAGCCCAGCUCCUGCUGCCUUUGCUGGCCUGAUGUAUCUGUUUGUGAGGCAGAAGUACUUUGUGGGCUACCUGGGGGAGAGGACUCAGAGCACUCCCGGUCACUUGUUUGGAAAGCGCAUCAUUUUGUUCCUGUUCCUCAUGUCCGUGGCUGGAAUACUCAACUACUAUCUCAUCUUCUUUUUCGGAAGUGACUUUGAAGUGCACAUAAAAACCAUAACCAGCGCAAUCUCUCCGUUGUUGCUCAUACCCUAG